UAAGGAAGUGGAGCUUGGUCGAUUCGGCUCUGCGGGGAAGCAUGACAGAUGAUAAAGUCUUAAGUUCAAAAUAAUUUUAAAACAAAAGGUCUUGAAGGGUACCAGACAUGGAGAACUGGAGCCUUAUUUCACUAUGCGUGUUGUUGGGUUUAACGACGAGGUGGGCUGUGUCUAUAAACUCUUAUUCAGGUGCAUAUAAACCGCCGAUGUUCGGAGAUUAUGAAGCACAGAGACACUGGCAAGAAGUAACCUACAAUCUACCUGUCCACGAAUGGUAUUUUAAUACUACAAAUAAUGACUUGAACUACUGGGGUCUUGACUAUCCUCCACUGACAGCCUAUCAUAGUCUAAUGUGUGCAUAUGUAGCAAAACUGUUCAAUCCUGACUGGGUGGAACUGCAUGCAUCUAGAGGUUAUGAAAGUCUAUCUCAUAAAUUAUUCAUGAGGGCAACAGUUCUUUUUGCAGAUGUUUUGAUCUACAUUCCAGCUGUUUUGCUUUACUGCUUUUACCUUUGUGAUGGGUCCCCAAAACAAAAGGUUGCCACAGCUCUAUGCAUCCUUCUCUAUCCAGGACUUAUGCUGAUUGACUAUGGCCAUUUUCAAUAUAACAGUGUGAGCUUGGGCCUGGCCCUAUGGGGCAUUUUGGGACUCGGUUUGGGCUGGGACCUGUUUGGUUCCUUUGCUUUUACCUUGGCUCUCAAUUACAAGCAAAUGGAAUUAUACCACGCACUGCCUUUCUUCUGCUUCCUCCUGGGAAAGUGCAUCAAACAUGGCUUGACUGGUCGAGGAUUUUUACGGUUGGCCAAGAUCUCAUUGACUGUACUGGGGACCUUUGCCCUCUGCUGGCUGCCCUUUUUGUGCAACCCUCAACAACCUCUGCAGAUUCUUCAUCGCCUUUUUCCCGUUGAUCGCGGACUGUUUGAGGAUAAAGUGGCUAACACAUGGUGCAGCUUGAAUGUGCUGAUAAAGAUCAAGACCCUGCUGUCCAGAGAGACUCAGCUGUUCCUCAGUUUUGCGCUCACUGUUUUGUUCAUCUUGCCUUCAUCAAUAAAACUGUUGUUCAGACCAACUCUGUGGCAGUUUAAGCUCGCUUUGGUAAACUCCUCCCUGGCGUUCUUUCUGUUCUCCUUCCAAGUCCAUGAGAAGUCCAUACUUCUAGCAGCCUUACCAGUUUGCCUUGUCAUCAAUGAAAUACCUCUGAUUGCCAUUUGGUUUCUUCUCACGUCAACUUUCAGCAUGCUCCCCCUGCUGUUGAAGGACGGCCUUCUGCUGCCAUACGUAGUGACCUCACUGGCGUUCCUCUUUCUGAGCCUGUAUCUGCUCUCUGCUUUAGAGAGGAGUGUAGAUAAAGAACUAAGUCUGGGCAUCCUUCACAAACUCUCACAGCACUGUCUCCCUAAACUCAAACUCGGCCAGAUCAUUAAAGCAAAGUUCUGGUUGUCACUAGUGGCCAUGGCUGGUCUGAGCUUUGCAAGCGUCUGGCUGGAGCCACCGGCCACGUUGCCCGACCUGUUUCCAGUGCUUGUAUCCGUUCUCUCCUUUCUACAUUUUCUGGGCUUUGUCAUAUAUUUUAACUACAUUCAGUUGUGGGAGCCACAGAAGCAAAAGAGUCAAAAGAAAACGAACUGAAGGGAGAACCAUGACUAGUCCUGUCAGAAGACAUGAACAGGAUGGGAAUAGUUUGGGAAAAUUCAAUUUCCACUUAAUGAGGUUUGCGGAACUUGUUGAGAACAGUGAAUCCAGUGAAAGAAGAUACAGUUCUGCCAGAAUUUCUCUCACUUGUUUGUCAUGAAGGGAUACUUCACCGAAAAAUUAAUAUUAACUCACCUUCGAGUUGUUCAAAAUCUGUUGAAAUGUCUGUGUUCUGAUGAACACAGAGAAAGAUAUUUGAAAGAAUGCUUAUUACCAGACAGAUUUUGCCCCCCUAUUGACCAACAUAGUAGGAAAAAUACAAUGGUAGUCAAAAGUGCCCCAGAACUGAUUACUGUCCUACAUUCUUCAAAUUGCAGUAUGUAAAAGUAAAUUUUCCUACUGUGGGAGACAAUGGGGGGCAAGAACUGUUUGGUUAUAAGCUUUCUUCCAAAUAUCUUUCUCUGCGUUCAUCAGAACAAAGACAUUUAUACAUAUUUGGAUCAACUCGAAGGUGUGUAAAUGAUGAUAGAAUUGUAUGCUUUUAAGAGACAAAUUCAGUGGGAUAUUGGUAUUGUGUCAAUGACCAGACAAUAAGGGACCAGUAGUGCUUUUUUGUAAUAUUUUUGAUACAUUAUUAAAUGUUUCUUUUUUUACCAUAUUUGUUAACAUGGGUAUUAGUGCUCUUCUAAUGACCCUACAUUGACAUUGAACAAAAUGUGAUGCCAAAUAAAUGAAGAUGGGGAAAAAUGA